GGAGAAAAGUCGAAAGUGCUUCCGUUGUCUGGCUACGAAGAGCUGAUGAGGAAUGCCCUGAAGAAAGCCAUCGGAUAUAUGCACUUUCCCUCUUUCAACCGCAGGUUCAGUUCCGGCCAACAUGCUCGAGCAAUGCAAGGAACAAGUCACACGAACCACAUCCAGAAUAUCAGGAGAGCUGAUCGUAUAUAUGAGAUUUCAAAUAUGGUUGCUGAGAAUAUCAACCGUGUGUCCAUAUCUCUGCCAAAGAGUCACAUAUUCAGGGUUCAUCAUCAACUACGUGUUGUGAAUGAGAAGGAGUACGAGCCUGUCUUGGUUUCCAUUGGCCCUUACCACCAUGGCAAGAGCAAUCUCCAACAUAUGGAGGAACAUAAACUGCGGUAUCUAAGCCAAUUGAUCAAACGUAGAGAAAGAAAGGGUAUAACUAGGUCGGACCAAUUAAACAAGUAUCUUACGACUCUCGAAGAAUUGGAAGACCAAGCCCGUUGCGGCUAUGAUGACGCCAUCCCCCUCGAGCCAAAUAAGUUCCUAGAGAUGAUGCUGCUCGAUGGUUGCUUUAUCAUCGAGCUGUUCCGUGAGUUCUCAAGAGAUGAGAAAGAAAGGGACCCUUUCCUCAAGGCAGACUGGGUACAUAAUGCUCUCGCACGAGAUUUAACCUUGCUUGAAAAUCAGCUUCCAUUUUCCGUCCUGAAAAGCUUGCACCAUGAGAUCUCUGACGAGCCCGACCUCUUUCAACUUAUUUUCACUGCUUUGGAUUAUCUUCCCGCGUAUUCUAACUUACCUCCACGUCAAAGCCAGAAAGAAAAGAGUAUUGCUCGGCAAAGUAUUUCCGACCUUGCCAAACAACCAAUACUCCCAGCUAAAUCUGCUUCCUCCAAAAGGAGACACCUAAAUCCGGAAAAGCUUAACGAUAUCAAGCAUCUCCUGGAUCUUGUACGGAAGUUUAUGCUUGUGGAAGAGACCUUGGAGAUGGGAAGUCAGACCCCGCAAGGAGCCCACCAAGUGAAAAGAGCUGUUAGUAGAGAUUGCAUAAAUAAGAGGAGAAAGAAGUUUUCACAUUCGGCCAUAGAGUUGAGAGAAUCAGGGGUCACAUUUAGGAGUGUGGAGAAAGGGAAGUUCUACGAUAUCCGAUUUAAAAAUGGCAUCUUGGAGAUUCCUGUCAUUCGAAUCACAGACAACAUGGAGACAUUGUUCCGGAAUCUGAUUGCAUACGAGGAGCACGCUCCUGGUAAUGCCAUUAAGUAUAUAUCCGAUUACAUGGCUUUUGUGGAUGGACUAAUCAAUUCCCCCAAGGAUGUGGAAUUACUCCGUCGUAAAGGGAUCAUUGAGAACUUGAUGGGUGAUGAUGAAGCAGUCUCCACGAUGUUCAGUCAGAUGAACAAGAACACGGUCGUGACACCAGAUUUUUACUAUGAUGAUAUUAUCAAGGAUCUGACAUCAUAUUGCCAGAAGCCCUGGAAUACUUCAAAGGCGAAGUUGAAGAGAAAUCAUUUUGAUUGUCCAUUGGCAAUCAUGUCAAUUGUUGUAGCCUUUCUAUUACUUGCUAUGGAUGUAACACAAACAGCUUACACAGUUUGGUCAUACUAUGAGCAGAUUAAGCCGCAGGCUGAUGAGCAGAUUGAGCUGCAGCCGCUGGCUGAUGAGCGGAUAGAGCCGCGGGCUGAUGAGAAGAUUGAGCCGCGGGCUAAUGAGCACACUGAGCCGCGGGCUGAUGAGCAGAUUGAUCAGAGGGCUGAGUAGAUGGAGCAGACAUAGGUAGUUGGAUGAUUUAGUGGAGUUAUUGGCCUGAUUAGAUUCCUCAAUAAGUGUCUUUCUUUCUUGGAGCAUCUCGUUUUCUUUUUUGUAUUUCCAUCUGCCAUUUGUGUUGUACCUCCUUCGCCUGUCUAUCUUACUUUCCAGAAUGAGCAAAAAGAUAUUUGAUGCAGCCAAAAUCUUCAUUGAAUGUACUUAUUGUCGAGUCUGCAUAUUACAUCGUUUUGUUUGUGAAA